AUGAGCGACCUAACAACCACAAACCGCACCCACUUCAACAAGGUUGCCUCAACCCACCACACCGACUUCGGCCCCCUCAUCGAGACACUCAUCGACGAGAUCAAGACCCGCCGGCUCUGGAUCAGCGCCAGCCUAACCGACAAGCAUGAUCAUCCCGUCCGACUCCUCGACUACGCCUGCGGCGCGGGGACAGCCUCCAAGGCCCUCCUCCCAUUCAUCACGCAGGCCGUCGGCCUCGACCUGUCGGAGAAUAUGGUCGCGGAGUACAACGCCUGGGCGCGCGGGCAGGGCCACCCGCCCGAGACGAUGCAGGCGUACCAUCUCGAUCUACUGGCCGAUCGCCCCGCGGCGGGGAUCGAGCUGUCCGGGUUCGAUGUGGUGGUUGUUUGCAUGGCGCUGCACCAUGUUGCGGAUGUGGGGCUGCUGCUGGGUCGGUUGGCGGGGUGUUUGAGGCCGGGGGGCGUGUGUGUGGUUGUCGAUGGGGUGCCGUCGGCGUCCACAUCAGCUGAUGGGGAUACGGCUGACGCGGAUACGGCUGACCUGCGGGCUGUCUUGACGGGUGAGCAGCUGGGGGUGCUGGAGACGGUCGGGAAGCAUGG